CGCGUUUCGAAAUGGACACGGAUGAGAAGAUGGCCAGCUCCUCGAUGCCGGGAAUGUCCCACGACGAGGUUGAUUUUACCAGCGGUUACGAGACCCAGUACCGGAAAGAGUACAGCCCCCUGAAGCCCAUCUUUGUACCGCCGCCGGACAAGAAACAUGCCUGGUUUCGCAACUGGUCCACAAUCCUGAUGGUCUUCUUCCUGAGCUUCGUUUUCCUUCUGGGCACCGUGAUGCUGGUGGUUCAGGUCUUUACGGCCAGUCCCCUGCAGAUAUUCAUGAUUGUGGCCAUAUAUCUGGCCAUAGCCGCCGUCAUGAUCUGGCUGGAGGUGCAGUCCGUGAAAGUGCGCUGAGACAAAAUACCGUCCGCAUAUAUAUAAUUUAUAUAGGAAACCGUGACUAAUUCGCUUUGCGUUAUCGUAUAAAAAAUGCCGUGCUUGCAAUCGACCUUUAUUGUGCAAACAAAUUGAAAGCUUAACUAGAACGAACCGACUUUACUGAUUAGAAGGCGCUAAGAACCAAAAACCCACGAUUUAACAUAAGCUCAAACCAAAUAAAAUAAAGCAAAAAUGUUGAAAAUGUUAAAAAUAUAAAAA